UUUCAGAUGUUCGGUAUUAUGUCGAAGUCACGAGUUUCGGUUGCAUUGAGAUUAAUCGCGAAUUACAAGAAACUGCAUUCCACUGAUUCCACAUUGCCGUGCGGUACGAAGAUCGCUCACAAGACGAAAAUCGUUCAAGAUUCAACCGGAUUGUAUUCGCGUGUACAACAACAGUACACAAUGAGUGAUAUAGAUAAAACUUUGUAUACAUUGCCAAACGAUCAACCUGUUGUCGCUCUGGAAUGCGACACUGCCUUCAAAUCUUUGACGCAAAAGGAAAAAUUGUACGCUCAUUACUUGAGCCAAGCAGCAUGGAAUGGAGGAUUGAUAGUAUUAGUACAGACAUCGCCGGAAUCUCCACUGAUAUUUGCACUGUUGCAAAAAAUAUUUCUCUCGGAAUCUCUCGAAGACUUGGAAAACUCCUCAGUACGCGCUGGUGUUACUCAGGAGCAAUUUACGGCUUUCCUAGUUUAUAGUUCUGGGAUUUUUGCAAAUGCAGGCAAUUAUAAGGCCAUGGGCGAUACUAAAAUUAUCCCUAAUAUUCCGAAAGGUUUAUUUGAGGCAAUAAUAAAAUCUUCAAAAGCUUACAAGACUAAUUCUAAGGAGAUGCAAGAUUUAUGGAAUAAAAUAUCAGAACCCAUGUUUUCCUUAAAGGGUAAAUUAAAAUCACUAGGAUUGGGUGACAAAGGUAUCACAACUUAUUUCUCUGCAAACUGUACUGAAGAAGAUGCUGACAAAGUAAACGCAUUCAUGCAACAUAAAGGAUUAGAAUCCUGUAACGCAAGAUGCUUCAAGACAGUAGUGAAAGAUCCUGCGAAUAACGAUAAUAUUAAUAUGUAUGAAAUCAAACUAGCAUCAGUAGAGACGUCAGAUAAUCCUAAAGUAACACUGCCCGAAGAAACAUUCGGAAAUGCCAAGUUUAAAAUUACAAGAGGAGAUUACAGCAAACUCUUGGUGCCUGUUGUGGAAAACCUCCAGAAAGCCAAGGAACACGCAUCGAAUCAGACUGAAAAAGAUAUGCUGGAAAAAUACAUCGAACAUUUUAAAACAGGAUCUUUAGACGAUCAUAAGGACGGUUCUCGUCUUUGGAUAAAGGAUAAAGGACCGUCUAUCGAAUCCUAUAUCGGCUUCAUCGAGACGUACCGAGACCCCGCGGGUCAACGAGGAGAAUUCGAAGGCUUCGUAGCGAUGGUAAACAGACAAAUGUCUGAGAAAUUUGCUACACUAGUCAACAGAGCCGAGGAAUUUAUCCCCAAGUUGCCUUGGAAUCAGGAUUUCGAAAAGGACACAUUUUUGAGACCGGAUUUUACCUCCUUAGACGUUCUAACGUUCGCAGGUUCCAGUAUUCCGUCGGGAAUAAACAUCCCAAAUUACGACGAGAUUAGACAGUCUGAAGGCUUUAAAAAUGUAUCGUUAGGAAACGUUAUACCUGCCCAUUUGAAGGAUGUUCGUACGAUUCCAUUUUUAUCUGACGCUGAUCAGGCGUUGAUGCAUAAGUAUAGGGUAGCUAGCUUUGAGGUGCAAGUUGGUCUUCACGAGCUUCUCGGUCACGGUACCGGUAAAUUAUUUAAACAGAUGGGACCGAAUACGUACAACUUCAAUCGUGACGCUGUGAUAAAUCCUCUUACCGGUGAUAAAGUAGACAAAUUCUUUUUGAAAGGAGAGACUUACGAUUCUAAAUUCGGCUCUCUGGGAUCCACAUACGAGGAGUGCAGGGCGGAAGCAGUUGGUCUUUACUUGAGCUUGGAGAAAGAAACGAUGAAAAUAUUCGGUCACGAGGGACAAGUAGCCGAGGACAUAAUCUACGUGAACUGGUUAUCUCUCCUGUGGAGUGGUUUUGCAAAGGCUUUCGAGAUGUAUCAACCGUCCACUCAAACGUGGUCCCAAGCUCACUCUCAAGCGCGUUACGUCCUGCUCAGAGUGUGCCUGGAGGCGGGCCAGGAUUUCGUCAAUGUUGUCGAAACGGAGGAAGGAACCAACCUCCGUAUGACUGUCGAUCGAAGCAAAAUCUUCACGGUCGGCAAAAAAGCCGUCGGAGAUUUUCUCCUGAAGCUGCAAGUUUAUAAGAGUAUGGGAGACUUUGAGUCGGCUAAGAAAAUGUACGACAGAUACAGCGAGGUACCUGAAAACGGACCAUAUCCAUGGGGUAGCUGGAGGAACUUAAUCCUGUCUCGCAAAGAACCAAGGAAGAUCUUCGUUCAAUCAAAUACAUCUAUUGACGGUCUUGAUUCUAAUAACGUGAUACUGAAAAAUUACGAGCCGUCGUUUGCGGGGCUUAUUCAAUCAUGGAUAGAAAGAUUCCCAAGUUUAGACGUAUCUGAAACGUUGAUAGAACUCUGGGAAAAAGACAAACAAUAUUUUGAGUCGGAAUAUUACUAAAAUAUUUGUCCAAACGACUAAAUCGUUAAAAAUUUCAUGUAACUCUGUACGCUCUUUCGUGUCUGGCUAUUUACCAGAACAGCAGAUGUUACAUGUUCAGAAAUAUUACUUUUUUACGCUUUAUUUUUUACUAAAGUACCAAUGGUCGCGUUUAACAGAAGUCAGUUUCUUUUAUUAUGGCUUCCGAUUUCCAUUAUAGAUUCAAUACGACUAGUGAAAAAAAAAUCAGUGUUAAGUGCGUAAGUCGAAUAAACGUUUUAAGUUAAUACAAAUACACUCACACGCAAGAAAAAACGGGCCACUAAAUUUUUGCACAAAUUGUUAAUAUUUUCAAAUAGCAAUAAUUCAGUGAAAAAUCAUCGUAUUGAGAUGAUUAAAAAAGCCCUUUAAAGCUUAAAAUCUCUACUAUUCAGAUCAGUAUUUGAAGUAAAAACGACCCUUUUUACUUCAGUGUUGAAUAACUCGUUUUUUUUUGCGUGUGAGUGUAUAUAUGUUAGGAGUGAUCACAAUAGUUUCAUUAAAACUUCCAAAAAUCUUUUUAUUCAUACUCUUACGUUGCAGCUCUGCAGAAAUUAGUGCUUAGUAAGCGUUUUGCGAUUGGAUUAUAUUUUUAGAUCUAAUUAUUCUAGAGGAAUAGUCCUAUUUCUGCAAAAAAAACUUCUAAUAUUCUACUGAAAGUGACCAUUGAUUGUUCAGGAUUGAAUGUGUAUAUAUGAUGCGUGUCAAUUUAAUUUUUUUAAAGCUGUAUGACUGCAGAUUGUAUCAUAUUGUGAUCCAUGUUCCACGACAUUCUACCGCGAUAUUCAUCACUAAAUUAUUUGUCCUGUUCAAGACUUGUGGACAGUUAAUUUAGCGCUGAAUGUCUUGAGACGACUACGAGAGGAUGUAUUUAUACCGGUAUUCAUAGUCGAUUCUUAUUUCAAGACCGUGAAUACGUUUCGUGUAUUGACUGGGCCAAUUUUGUGACUUAAUCACCAUGCCGCAUGGGUCAUCAUGUUCCACAGUAUUUUUGUUUGUAUUUAUUUGAGUAACAUGUUAGACAAGUCACUGGAGAAAUCCAAAGAAAUUGUGGUAA